AUGUCCGACAACGCCGCCCCAAGCCAGGAGAAGACGUUUCGGGAUUACACCGACAAGCAGGGCGCCACCUACGCCCAACACCGCCCGGGCUACCACCCCCGACUGUGGGAGAUCCUAUUGAACUAUCACGAAUCUUCAGGUGGCCAGUUCGACCUGGUCCUCGAUGUAGGCUGCGGUCCGGGCCAGGCCGUGGGGACCGCCGCCGCCCACUUUACUCGCGCCAUCGGCAUCGACCCAUCCGAAGGCAUGUUGACUAUGGCGCGCGUCGAUCUCAUCGUCGCGGCUACGUGCGCGCACUGGUUCAACAUGGCGGAAUUCUGGCCCCGCGCCGCCCAGGUUCUUAAACCGGGCGGCACGGUGGCUUUGUGGGUGAGCGGUCCGCUUGCCGUCGACUCCUCGGUACCCAACGCCCAGCGCAUCCGGGACGCUCUCGAUAGACUCCACGAGCGCCUAGACGGCUAUUUCGAGCCAGGAAACCUCGUGGUGCGGGAGCUAUACAAGGACAUCCUCCUCCCCUGGCAGAUUCCCACGCCGGUGGCUGACUUUGACAAGGACUCGUUUGUGCGGCAAGAGUGGGGCACAGACGCUCCGGGUGCCGAGCGCGGCGAUCAAUACUACGAAACCUCCAAGAGGGAAGCAGGGCCGGCCGCUAUCGAAGCUAUCCUGGCAACCAUGAGCCCGGUUACGAGGUGGCGCGAGGCUCACCCCGAGGCUGUUGGCACUGAAGAGGACGUGGUGAGGAAGAUGAGAAGGGAGAUGGAGCAGGCUUUGUACGAUGGCGGGGUGGAAAAGGGCAAGGAGGUGAUUGUGGGUGGUGUCUCUGCCGUCAUGCUCCUGGUCAAGAAGCGCUCAGGGAGUGGCUAA